AUGGCUACCCCUCAUGAACCGAAAAUCGAGACACUGGAAAAGAUCAUAGGCCAUACCUUCUCCCUAAAACAUUUGAUACGUCUGGCUCGCACCUCAGCAGGUGCUAAUCCGGACAACUACGAUGGGAAUAGGAAACUAUCCCAACUGGGUGCCUCUCUGGUUGACUCUGUUCUGGCUAUCAUAGUAUUCUUCAUAGGUGGCAGUAGAGAGUGUACGGCAAAUUUGAGAAAGGCUUUUCUGAACAAAGGCAAAUACUGUGCUGCCGCGAAGCGGACUGGUAUCGACGAUUGCAUAGACUACGAUAAGCGCACCGGGCCAGAUUCGCCGGAGGUUCUUCGCAAAGCGAUAAAUGCCAUUAUAGCAGCCGUGUUUCUUGAUACCUGGAACAUCAAGUCAACAGUAGUUGUCAUUCUAAGGAUUUUUUUCCAGACGAGCGGCGACAGAAUGUUUCAGGAACUCCCUUCUGUCUCACCUGCUACUGUGGAAGCUCUCGUAUCUAUUUCGAAGAUGAUACUAGCUCUCAAUGCUGGAGUGAUUAACCCUUCGGUGCUAAUUAUCGAGCGGUCCGCUACGACUCUUGAGGUCUCCCCAAUGAUACACAGGUUCCUGGAACAAGGCACCAAAGAUCCGCCUCUGUUGUCAAACGCGGAGCGCAUUGUGACGGAGAAGGAGUCAGUCACAGAGGGCCUAUUUCAAUUUCUCCGAGAGGAGAUAUGGUCAUCGGAUGGAGACCUGAACCACAAUGAAAUUGAAACUGAAGCCGAGCAUGACUCGAUGGCGACGAUUCCGGACAGGCCGAAUGCUCCACCAACACCAAAGGGCGGACAGGUGGCACGUCGCCAAGGAGAACCUCUCAAUGACAGUGAAGCAGCCGUGGUAAUACCUGCGCCGAAGAGAAGGUGCAGGGCUGCAAGCACUAAUGUCUCCAUACUGCAUGGUGAGGUUGCCAGGCAGAUUCUCUUACAAGAGAGACAGCACUGUGCCGCUCAGAAUAUGUCUCCGCCCGAAAAUCGCUAUUUCUCCUCUGCUAUAGUGACAAAGGCCCUUAAGCUUGAAGAGGACUCGCUCGGGAACCUCACUAUUCUCUUGAUAACAAUUGCUAGCCCGCAAUCAAUCGUGGCUCUGCGCGAUAUGAUGUGCUGUGUAAGAGCUCAGAAGACGUUUGAUUCGCACCGCCUGGCCGUGAAUAACUCAACCAAAAAAAAUGCACUUCUCCGACUUCUCCGAUGGUAUCACCUUCUCGAACUAUUCGAGCAAUGUGGUGGUUCUCGGACCCGUUACAGCAUAGGAUAUGUAAACACGACAUCUGCGGAUUUCGAACAUCCGAAACGGGGAGCGGGAAACCCUAGCAGGAAAGAUGAUGCUAAGGUAGCGCAAGCGAUGAUGAAGGAGUUAUUCCCCGACCUAAGUCCUAUAAGUCCUAUGUAUGCCCAGGAGUACGCUGCCAUCAAGCAUUACCGAAAAGUCGGACAGCGACUCUAUAUACUCACCGACCGGUUCGGUCCAGGAAUCCUUGGUCUCACUUUGGACGCCACUCAGGAGUCGGAGAUAUCGGAUACCAUGCUGUUAAACCCGAAAAAUAAGACAUUUCGCGAUUUUGUAGACCUCCUCGAAGAAUCGCAUGGACAAUGGCUGAGGAGAUGCAGCGAUGCAGCUUACUUGUUGCUCCGCCCAUUGCUCGAGUUUACCCUCGACAACACCGCGCCUUUUCGUUUGGAGCUUACGGAUACUGAAUGCAUUUUCAAGCAACCUAAGUGCUCGGAGUCUCUUCUGAAGCUUGUUGCCUAG